CCUGGAGUCACCUGAUUAACGACUUUUUGCGAGCUAGCUUCUGCAGGCUACAUCGAGCCCGAGAGCCCGCGAGCCCGCUUCUCCUGCAGCCGAGAUUGGCGUGUGCAUCUGCGCAUUGCCGAGACGCGAAGAUCCAGUUUCGGACGCCUGUUCCCACUGCUCCCCCGGAGAUCGCCAUACAAGAGCCCGUGGGCGAAGCUAAAUUCGAAGAAAAGAGUCGACUCAGAGGUAGAGAGCUUAAGCUUCGAGCGGAGAGGAGGAGAUGAGGUGCAGGAGCCUGAGCAUUGAGCGACGUGGAAUGCCAACAUAAGUCUCCGCCUCUCUCUUCUUCUCUGCUGUUUCAUUGUUCGUGGGAUGCGCGGGUGUUAAUCGGGACGAAGGGAGGAUUGGACUGGACGUGUUUUCCAGGAGAACUCCAAGGGGCGAGGACGAUUGCUUUCCCUCGCUUUAGCGCCGGUGAUCGGAGACGCCUGCACUCAUGAAGGACCGAGCGGUCUUGCCUCAAUACAACAAUGCAGUGCCGACGGUGAGCAGCAGCUCGGCUGCGACAUCCGGAGCACCGGCCAUGAUGAACACGAAUCAAAACAGCCAAGGAAAUGUCCCUAAUGCGCAUUGCGACUCAGUUUUGCUUGACAUCGAGACAGGUCCAGUGACGGCCAGCGCUGCGCCCGAACCCAAGAGAUGGUUCCGCUCCGAAUCGUUUACCUCCAAGACAGCGGUGUUCAGUCAGUUGGGAUCAGCGGUGAGCUCUCUCAGCAACAGGUGUCGUGGCGCAUUGCUGGGAUCGUCUCUAGUUACUUACAUCCAUCGGUUGCCGGCUUUGGACAAGCCCUUCGAUCUCACAGAGAUCCAUCCAGGUGACCCGAAGGAAGGAAUUCUUUAGAGCUUGCGGAUUGCAGCAAGCAACUCGACGAUCGAACGACAUCUACUUAAAAUCAAAGCGGAAGCAAGAGCAGCUAGCAUUGUUUCUGGACACGUCAAAAUGUUCACUUCGCGAUGAUGAACAAGACAAAUAGAGUUCAUCAUCCAAUUAGUGGUUUCAGCGACAGCACGUUUAUCAUCUCGUCGCCCGUUUCGACAGCUCUCAUCGACGGACGCAAAGUCGUGGCGACUGAGUUGGGGAAGAAGUGCAGAAGGAUGAAGUCCAUCGUCACACUUCAGGCGCAGGCAGCAGCUCCAUAACUGGAGAGUCGUGUACUGUAUUGCCACGGUAGUACUAGUAAUAAUAAGGAGUACGUGGACUUGUAGAGAAAGAAGCAACCAUCUCGCGUUUUGGCUGGACCACAAUAGAUCAGAGAGAGAACUUAGAUUAGUUUCAGUUGGAAGUACAACUGAAAUCUUUCGUUUCAUGAAAAUUUCAGGAUCCUCAUGAGUGUGAAACUUGAAAUUUCAGGAUACUUGAGAUUUAUGAGCGAUCCUUAUGAGUGAUACUUGUACUUCAUUGAUCCUUGUAUUAUAAGGAGAUCAAACCGGGUUUUUUUUAGGUGACAACUUGUUUCGUCGUAAAGCAUCUACUUCUCUUAAAGAAAGGCGAACAGCCAUGCGCCUGUCGUGAACGCAAUCGCGGUGAUUUGUGCAGAGGGGACGGACCGUAGGUUGCAGGGGCUUUUGUGUUCUGACGUUCAUCAUGCAUUCUUAGACAAGAAAACUCUGCUGCUAUGUACACUUUUCGUCCCGUUACUUGGAUGAACAACUUAUGAAACAUUUUGAUUACACUAUUUACAGUUUCGUGGUUAUGGCAAAGGGUCUUCACUGAUAGAUCAAGAACCAAAAUCUGAUACAAGUGUCUUGUUGAAGGGAAUAAGAGCUGCACGCUACGCCCAAUCAUGAUGACAAUUCGAAGUCGGCGAACCUUGAUGUGAUCUGACUUACGGGCGAUUGACAUGUCCAGGAGCCUAUCUUCAAUUAUUGUCCUCUUAUGGCAAGAAGAGAGCUCUGUGACGUGCAAGAUUGAACGCCUUCAGUUUCUGUUGAUGUGCUAG